GUUUCACGUCCAUGAUUCCAUUAUUUGCUGUUCGAGAUGUCGGGGAUGUUCGCAUCUGCGCUCUCGAUGCCUUUCGCCGCACGACACGAUGCGCAUUUCUUCAUACUACCAUCCAAUCUACGUUCGUUUGAGGAUCAGAAGUAACGAACUGCACAGGAUCUCCGUGGGGUUCCGGAACGCUCGCGUCGGCCGACGGCAGCAGACAGCCGUCUGCUCUCGAGCUGGAGAUCGCGCACGCACAGGGCAAAGCGUUCUACGGCGUCGUGAGCAAGGUCAAGUUCUAGAAGCAGAUUCGAGCAUCAUGUAAUGGAUAGAAGCGAAAUUGUGGAUGAUUAUAAUUCUUUGUUGCGGACGCGAGUGCAGGAUGCGCCUCGAAGCGGUUAGGCGCGACCUUGGUUGUGCCGCAGUGCGAACAGGAGAUGAUCGAUAAACGACUAGCGCUGAUUUGGCACCCCGGAUCAAAUGGAGAGCCUUUGACAGCUGUCCCGCUCUCUACCCCGCCUUGUCUAUUCGACUCAUUCAUAAUCAACGACAUGGACGCGUCCUCGACUCUCUUCUUCGUCUGUGACAUCCAAGAAAGAUUUCGCACUGUGAUCCAUGGCUUCGACGAGGUGGUGGCCAGUACCAAUAAGAUGCUGAAGAUCGCGAAGCUUCUUGAAUGUGAAGUUAUCGUCACGACGCAGAAGAGCCGAGCCCUCGGCCAAACAGACCCUGCGAUCGACCUGGCCUCGCUGGGCAGCCUAGUCAUCGGACCGAUUGACAAGACGCUCUUCUCGAUGAUCACGCCUGAAGUGGUGGAGCAUCUCACAGCGAGACCGCAUAUAAAGACGGCAGUGGUGAUGGGUAACGAGGCACACAUCUGCAUCCUGCAAACCGCCCUCUCCCUCGUGGCACGCGGAUAUAGAGUCGUCGUCCUAGCCGAUGCUGUUUCAUCGGCCAACGCGGCUGAAAUCCCCAUCGCUCUGGCCCAGAUGCGGGCUGCAGGCAUCGUAGUGUCGACGACGGAGAGUCUGGGAUUCCAGCUCGUGCAGGAUGCGAGUGCGCCGGUGUUCAGAUCUUUCAGUGCCAUCAUCAAGGAGUCGAAGGACGCGACAAAGCAGGCUUUGAGUGUGCUCAUAUCGUAGGUACCCAUAUGGUUUCAUGGUUUUAAUUUAGUCUCCCAACGCGGUCACGUGCGUGUGAAUGCGUUUCUCGCAUGUGACACUCCCCUGGCGAGGCCCGAAGUUUCGCUAUUGGCCUGGCGAGGUGCAGUGCAGUGCACUGGUACGCAAUGCGUGGUAGCCUCGAGCAAGAGUUCAUUUCGACUCUUUUGUCUCACAGUCUGCUUCCCUUUCCCAACCCCUUUAGCUUUGAUGAUGUGCUGCUGCUUCGUCUUUUGCGCCCUAGAUCGGAAUGCUGUUCUAUCGUAUGGCCUGUCCAUCUGCAGGGUACUGAGUCUCUCGGAACAGCGAUCCGUUCUGUUUCACGGGUCGGAUACGGAACGCUUGGGCCCGCGAGCCAUUGUUGUGACCUGACCUUGUCCUCGAGGCUCGCCUGCCUCGUUGCGGGUGGUAUAAAGAGCUGCCUGCGAGCGCAUGCUCGCCCACUCACUCGAGGCUCUUUCAUCCCACCAUGGCCAAUUUCUCGCGGUCGCUGUCCCGGAGGAACUCGCUCCCGUAUGCCUCGCAGGGAGGAUAUCAGACGCCGUAUCAUGAUGCGCAGUAUCCCGCCUACCACGACCAAGGCUACUCGUACAGCGAUGGGUGCUACCCAGAACACGAUGUGGAGCAAUUCCCCUCUUACGGGCAUGGAACCAGCCACCGUCUCACGGGACCUUCCUACGAAAACUUUGGAGACUCGUACUACCCAGAGGACGACCAUCGGAUGAUAGGCUACAGCACAUCCCGCCCGCCGAGCCGGACGCGCCGGCACUCGAAUGUCUCGUACAGCGCGCUGCCGCCGGCCAUCGCCGACGGGGGAUAUCACUCGCCGUCCUCGAUGAACAUCAAGUUCAAGCGCAAGGGCGCGCUGCUCGCGGGCGUCUCGCUCGCGGAUGCGCAGUCGACUCGGACGCGGCUGUCCGGGAACGAUAGCUACACGCUCCAGGAUCUACAUGCGAAUUGGAGCCGGCGGAUCCACCUCCGCGUUCGGUGGUCUGGCUACGGCCCGCUGACGUAUGAGGUGCCGCUGGACGUGUACGACGGUCGCGUGAGCAUGCAGGCACUGGCGCGGAGAGUGGCCCGGGCUUGUGUUCACUAUCUGCAGAUGAACAUGGUUCCAGUGAUGUAUAGUCGAGUUGAGCUGCAUCAUCUGGAGGAAGUCGCAUACGGGGUUUGGCAGCCCAUGUUGUCCACUCGCUAG